CCUCCGCUGGAGCAGGGCUGGAAAAGAACUUGAGGGUCGCCCAGCCCGCGGUCUCUCGACACCUACGCCUGGGGGCUAAAGGCGUCCUGCCUCUUUAAAUCCGGCAGGCUCGGCGAGGGGGUAGGGGGUAGGCGUUGCCCAGGGAGACGGACAGACGCUUCGCUGAGCCAGGCGCCUGGGGACUUGACAGGCCUAGGCGGCGACUGCACCAGACAGUGCUAGCAGCAGCUCCGCUUCCCGCCCAGCGUGUCCUACCAGCGCCCGCAACGAAGCCUCCGAGAGCCCGAAGAAAAGGAGGAGGGCAUGAAGGAGGAGGAGCUAGGAGAGGAAGAGGAGGAGGACGAGGUGGAAGAGGAGGUGAAGGAAAAGGUGGAGGAGGUGGAGGAGGCGGUGGCAGCGGCGGAGGAGAAAGCGAAGGUGGAGGAGCCGGAAGUGGAGGACCCUGGGAGGUUCCCCGACGAAGACCUCUGGACGAUCUUUGACCCCCAUGACAGGGACGAUGAAUGGGAGGAGUCGCUGGAACCCCGGCCCCACUUGAUCAGCGUGGUCAGCCCCAGCCUGAGUCCGACGCCGCCCUCCUCGCCCUCCGCGCCCUCAAGCCUCAAGUGGAGCCCGUCGCUCGCCGAGACCCCGCCGUCCCACGUCUCCUCCCAGCAGAGUUUUCCUAAAAUAUUUCAUACAUUUAGGAAAGACAUGUCUGAAGUGAAAUUAGAUAGAACUAUGUAUAAAAAUUUGUAUCCAGGAAUUCCAAUGUCAGUACAAACAGAAGAAAGUUGGCCUCAAGAAUUGUCUGAUAAAAAGAGCCGAAGGAAGGCAAUAUUCUCUUCAGUCAAGGAAGCUAAAUCCAAAUGCCUGGCUUCUAAGCUAAAAGAAAAAUGGGUAGUUAAUCCAGAAGAGACCAAACUAAGUAUUUUAUGUGAGUUGGAGUUUAAAGAAGACUUCAUAACACUAUUUGAGCCUUCCCUAAGAACAUUACCCAGCAUUGGGCCACCACCCAUUCUGGCAUACAGACAAGAGCGAUCCAACCUAGACAUUAACUUCAGGGAUGAAGAGGAGGAGCUAUCACCCACAUGUGAAUUUUGCGGAAGCAAUCUCCAGGCAUUUCUUUCUAGUGUGGAUUGCAUUUACUCUGAAUCAAAAGCAUGUACUUCCUGUUGUCCUCAAUUCCAAAAUCUGAUUGACUGUAUCUAUGAAGAAAAACAAAAAAUCAAAAGCUCUAAACCUGAAUUAAUCAGUAUUAAACCUCACAAAGCCUAUGGCGCUGAAGUUGAUAGAAUGAAAGCAAAAGCAAAAGCCCUGCGGAGAAAACAGGAGCGACAAAUUGCCAGACAUCUCACUGUGGUGCGAAAUGAACAGAUGAAUUUACCUGUAGAAGAUUCAAAGAAUUUCAGAACUAUUUCUUAUCAACUUUCUGUGGAUAUUCCAGAAAAAAAGCCAACUGAUGAGGAACCAUUUUAUUUCCAACUAAUACAGAGUAACAUAUCCAUUGUUUGUUGUGAUUCUAGGAAAGCAUGCGGAAAGAUUGUGAGGAAUGAGCUCUUUGAGAAGCAUUACAAAAAUGGAAUCAAGUUUCUGACUUCAUUUCCAGAUGGGACAACACAAAUAUUCUAUCCAUCUGGAAAUCUAGCCAUCAUCCGAGUGCCCAACCAGAAGAACGGUUUCAUUUGUAUAGUCCAGGAAGAUACAUCCACUAACCCUGCCAUCCUGGCAGUUCUGGAUUCCUCCGGCAAAAUUUCCUGCUACCAUCCCAAUGGAAAUGUUUGGGUCUACAUCAACAUCUUGGGAGGUCAAUAUUCAGAUCAAGCUGGCAACAGAGUAAGAGCUUGGAAUUGGUCAAGUUCCGUCACUUCUUCACCACUUGUUUCAUUUAAACCUAUCUUCUUAGCUUUGAACCAUAAUAUUGGGAUUCGCAUCUUAGAGCAAGACAAGAUUUCCAUCACUUUUCUAGCAAUGGGCCAACAGGCAACAAUCAGUGUUGGAUCCAAAGUGAAGCUACCCCACCCUGAGGAAGUCCCAGUCCUUUGGUACCUGAGUGGAGAGGACCUUCUGCUGAUGGCCAGUUUAAUAAAGAUUCGACGGCUGUUUCAUAAGCUAGAAGGAUGCAUGAAUUUUCCCUCAAGCAAGAUUUGGGAAAAAUUAAAGCAGCCGUCCUACCUUUCUUCACUUUCUCUAAAACUAAUUGCCCUCUGUCAGAAUUCUGGUAUAAAGGAAGAUAAACUUACAACAAUUAUCAAUAUAGUAAAUGAAAACAUUUAAAAAGAA